UUACCGGGGUUCACCCACGAGCGUGCCCCUCUGACGCUAGCCAGCCUAGCUUGCUGCGGUGAGGUAACGUUAGCGGUCAGACGGAUCAUGUUUACAUGUGUAGCUUAAAUGCUAUCGCUGGAUAUUCCCGCCUGACAGGAUAAGUGACGGAUAGUUCCUGCUUGGACCAAAGGAAAGGCGGAACUAACGUUCGUGGGUGAACUAAUGACUGGUUAGGGUAAUUUUACAGGGAUUACAAAACUACGGUAGUAUUCGAGUACAUAUCUGUGUGUGUGUGUGGAAGGCCGUUACGUAAGCUCACCUGUGGCCCUGAGAGAUUAAACAUUAACAUGAAACGUCAGGAAAUGAUUAAGAGCAGGAGGAAAGGAGCCUUCAGAAUAACAGUUAAUCUGAGCUGUAUCUCUCCAUAGCUCUGCCUUUACACAUGAGCUCUGACGGUGUUUGAGCUCUCCUGUCAAACACUUCUUUCUGCAUCUGUCGGGUGUGAGUUGGUAGCUGACCCGGUCACGCCCCGUGUCCAGGACUACCUGAGAGUCCCCAGUGGCACGUGCUCGGACAUCUGCUGACCAACAGCCCCCCCCCCCCCCCCCCCCCCCCCCCCCCCCCCAGCCAAACCAGCCAUUGCAAACAAGAUCAGGUUUUUCUCCUCGGCCUCCACUUGAAUUUUCUUUGGGAGGGGAGUUGCUCAACAGCUUUUUCCAUUUCCUGAAGUUUAAACCUGAAUCCAGGCAGCUGUGAGGAGCAGCACGACACACUGGCUACAGCAAUAGCCACUGCAUAAACAUGUUUUUAGACCACUUUUCCUUUUCAGUGGUGACUCUUCCCACAUAAUUUACCUUUUUUUUAGACUUUCAGGUUAUUUCUGAGACCAUUUAGCUUUUUAACUUGGUUUAAUCCAUGAAAAACCAAAGUGAAAUGGGAGGGGGGGCAUUGGAGAACGAGGCUUUGGGCCUUCAUGAAAACAAAAAAGCUGCAGAAGACGGUGGAAGUGAGAAAGAGGUAGAUGAAGAGGAGGAGGGGAAGACGGUUCGGAUACCCAGGUAUCGCUGGGUGAUGCAUGCAGCGGUGAUGUUUGGACGUGAGUUCUGCUACGCCAUGGAAACAGCCCUGGUGACACCAGUGCUGCUGCAGAUAGGUCUUCCUGAGCAGUACUACAGUCUGACGUGGUUCCUCAGCCCCAUCCUGGGCCUCCUCUUCACCCCGCUGAUCGGCUCGGCCAGUGAUGGCUGCACCCUGCGGUGGGGCAGGAGGAGACCUUUCAUCCUGGCUCUUUGUACGGGUGUCCUGCUGGGAGUGGCGCUGUUUUUAAACGGCUCACUGAUUGGUCUCUCCAUUGGAGACAGCCCAAGCAGUCAGCCUAUUGGCAUUGUUCUGUCGGUGGUGGGGGUGGUGGUGCUGGACUUCUGCGCUGACGCCUCCGAGGGACCAAUCAGAGCUUACCUCCUGGACGUUGCUGAUGCUGAAGAGCAGGACAUGGCUCUGAACAUUCAUGGUCUCUCUGCUGGGCUUGGAGGAGCUGUGGGCUACAUGCUGGGAGGCCUGGACUGGACUGGCACGGCUCUGGGCAGAGCUUUUAAGUCACAAGAGCAGGUCCUGUUCCUGUUUGCUGGGGUUGUCUUCAUUUUCUCUGUCACGCUGCACAUGCUCAGUAUCCCUGAGAGAACGUUCGCUUCAUCCAAGAAGCUCAGAGACACACAAGGUGGAGAGUCUUCUAGCCCGUUGUCUUCAGGGCUCGUUGGGAACACAAACCUGGAUGUGAUAGCAGAGGAGGAAGCCGAGGACAAGGAUCCACACUCGGAGGAAAUGGAAAUGGGUUUCCUAGCUGUGGACAAAGUCAGGAGCCAGAGUGAUUCUGUUUUAGCCAUGCCAGAUGCCUCCAUAGAGCUGGAUGCUGACCUCCACCGACAGCGUUUCUUACCAGCUGAGCACUUCCUGUCUGAAACCCAUGGAGACGAUGUGUUUAGGCCAUCGGAUCCCGGUGCUGAGCCUGCGUCUCCUCUGCGUGAGCUGCCUCCUGUCGUUGGCGGGACGGUGGCUAAGGCAGAUUUGUCUCUACGGAAGGAUCCAACCAACGGUCAGCCAUCUUUCCCUCAGACCAGCUCCGCCACAGGAGAUCAACAUGAGAGAAAGCAGGACAAGGCUGCUAAUGGCUCCAGUGCUGGUGUGUCUUCCUCCAACCAUUCAAAUCUGAUCAAAGGCCACGCCUCCACGAAGACGGGAAACCGCACCGCCGACACUUUAGUUUCCUCACGGCCUCGCCGACCCACCUUCUACAGACAACCCUCUUUCACCUUUUCAUAUUACGGCCGAGUCGGGUCACAGCGCUAUCGACCGCGGCGCACAAGACCCCCGGGCCCUCGAGCCCGCAGUCUGAACGACCUGCGAGACAUUCGGGGACAUCGGGACUUUCGGCUCUCCGUCAGCAGCCUGUCGUCUGACGGCUCCAGCAGCGAAGGGGUCCCGGACCAGGGCACCACUGUCAGGCUGCUCUGGCUGUCCAUGUUUAAGAUGCCCAAGCAGCUGUGGAGGCUGUGUGUGUGUCACCUCCUCACCUGGUUCUCCAUCAUAUCUGAAGCUGUGUUUUACACCGACUUCAUGGGUCAGGUCAUCUUCAGUGGAGACCCCACGGCUGCAGCCAAUUCCACCGAGCUCCAGAACUACCACCGAGGAGUCCAGAUGGGCUGCUGGGGUCUGGUGGUCUACGCUGCUACUGCUGCUGCCUGCUCUGCCAUCCUUCAGAAGUCCCUGGAUAACUUUGAUCUGAGUGUGAAGGUGAUCUACAUCGUUGGAACGCUGGGAUUCUCCAUAGGAACUGCGAUCAUGGCCAUCUUUCCUAAUCUUUAUGUUGCCAUGGUGAUGAUCAGCAGCAUGGGCAUCAUCUCCAUGAGUAUCUCCUACUGUCCCUAUGCGUUACUAGGGCAGUAUCAUGAGAUCAAAGAGGUAAAACCGUGUGUGUGUGUGUGUGUGUGUGUACCCGUGGUGAGCUUAAAGGUCUGCUUUGCUCCUCAGUACAUCAACCACAGUCCAGCUAACACUCGAAGAGGCUUUGGCAUCGACUGUGCGAUAUUAACCUGCCAGGUUUAUAUCAGCCAGAUUCUGGUUGCCUCGGCUCUCGGAUCUGUGGUUGAAGCAGUCGGGAGUGUGCGUGUCAUCCCAGUCGUGGCCUCCGGCGGCUCCUUCCUUGGCUUCCUCACUGCCUGUUUUCUGGUCAUUUAUCCCGAAGGUGAGCCCAGGAGCUCAGAGCUGGACCAGAGCUGUGAUGGACUACCUGCAGAGGAGCAUCCAAAUGGAGAAAAGAGCAGAGAACAGGGACUGGCUCUGUUGAACCUGAAGAGGAGAGGAAAUUUGGAGAUGGAGAAUCAAACUGUGGCCUGAGGCCGCAUGGAUCCUGUAUGAAUCAGCCAAUAGGACGCAUCCUGUCAAGUGUACCGUCUGGUGUUCUCGUGAGAUGAAGGAGCAGAGAUGAGGCAACAGGACAACACAACAGUUGGAUCAUCUGGAGAAGAACAGUGUCAUUUUGGAGUUUCUCCAUGUGUGUUUUCUACCUCAGAACACUCGGCUACAGCUUCUCAACGUGACGGAUGGCUUGUCACACUGCUGCCGGUCACUCCGUUGAGACUUUGUAGUGAAAUGAAGAAGCACGGAGCACUUUGAGUAGAACCGUCACCGUUAUGCUGCCAGAUCAUCUAAAAUGUGACGUUUAUCCCGACAACAAGCUGCUUCAUCAGGUGCAGAACGGACAAUCAGAUGGUCUGCCUUCACGUCUGACCGUCUCAUAAACGCCAAAAACAGAGAAGCCCGCCGAGCUCAUGGUUAACCCCAAGGUGCUUUACAUCACAGUCAUUCAGGAUUUCUGCCAGAUGACAUUUUAUCAUGAAAAUUUAAACUAUUACACAUUUUAGUACAAUUGUUUUCAAGUAAUGUAUUUUUUUUUUCUAAAAAGAUUUUGAAAUCAGUAAAAAAAAUACAUUUAAAGAACUGAAAUCUCUCAUAACUCAGUUAAAAUAUUACUGAACACAGACUGAUGUUUCAGCUGCUGUAGGGUUUCAGGUGAGACGCAGGAUGUUGGUGAUUGAUGAUUAACAACGUUUACUGAAAAACUAAUACCUGCUUGGUGUUUUACACACGACUGAUGUUUCUGCUGCUGUAGACUUUUGUAAAUUCAGCUCAGAUUAUUUUUGUAUCAUUUAUUUGAAGAAAAGCCGAGUUAUGUCGAUUUUUCAUUAUUUGUUUUACUAGCUUUUAUUGUCACCUGCUGCCAUCUUCAGGCCAAGGGGAGCUAUUGCAGCCCUUUACCACGUGUGUUGCUGCUGAGGCUGAGAAAUAAAUCCGAUGAAAACA